ACCAGAUGAAACAGAGCGGCGUGUUGAUAUCCACGUCCUUAAUUUUUUCACAGCUUUAUCUCUCACAGUUUUUUCAUUGCUAGCAAGUUUUUUUGCAAAAUAUGUCUCCGCACUGCCAGAAACUUGCCUCGUUGAGGCAGCCAUAUUUAAUAACACGUGCAACUUAAUUCUUACAUAAAGUUUCUUAAGAAACAAACUUCAUACCACUGACCAUGUUGAGCGCUUAUCGAAAACGAGGCUGCAGAUGAUUCAUUGUUUUCAUUCAUUGUUUUCAUUCAUUAAUUCAUUUGCCAGCCGAAAAAGAAAACUUUCAACAUGUUGGAUUUGUUUACAAUUUUCUCUAAAGGAGGCAUCGUCCUUUGGUGUUUUCAGGGCACUUGUGACUCAUUUACUUUACCUGUAAAUGAACUGAUUAAAAGUGUUAUACUUCAGGUAAAUGGACUUAUCAUGUCCCUUGACUCCUUUAUACUUUCUUUAUCACUCAAUGACAUAUUUGAAUUUUUUGAAAUACUAUACUACACUGGUAAGCCUUUAUUUAUUUCUAACCAACUUUAUUGCAGGAACGUGGAGGAGGUAAUUCAUUUACUCAUGGCUCUCUGGCUUUGAAAUACAAGUUGGAUAAUGAGUUUGAACUUGUGUUUGUUGUGAGUAUACUAAUAUAAUACAAUAUGUAUAAGUCCCAGACUGGAAAGUUUGGAAAUUGCGUGCCGGAGAUUUUGAAAAUUUAAUAGUAAAUAUAUAGAAAGCAUCAAAAUUGCACACCGGAGAUAUCCACCACGCAAUACAAACUUUCCACACUGGUGUAUAACACAGUAUAUGUAAAAUUUACAUUCCCCAAGUAAAGGUCUUAAGGUACAUUUACACACAAUGAUUAAUCUGGCCGAUUUAGCUUUAAGUAAAUGAUAUUUGAAAAAUACGCUGUCAGCGUCAUCUGACAACAUCGUCAACUGACAGCAUUCGUCAUUAACAUUACAAAAAUUGUGUCCGUGAUUUUUUAUAAGCACAUGUUGGCCGCCAUUUUGGCAGUAAGUGUAAUCCACGCCAUGAAACGUGAGCAACGCCAUUUUGGCAGUAAGUGUAAUCCACGCCAUGAAACGUGAGCAAUCACGCAUUUUGGCAGUAAGCACCAUUUUGGCAGUAAGCGCCAUUUUGGCAGUAAGCGCCAUUUUGGCAGUAAGUGUCACACACGUUAUCUGGCUGAUAGCCUUGCCAUUUUGGCAGUAAGUGUCACACACGUUAUCUGGCUGAUAGCCUUGCGAAAAUCGCAGACACGAAAAUCAUAGGGAUAGAUACACAGUGAGACAUCUGGUAUGAUCUAUAAUCUAUGCCCAUAUACUGUCCGUUUGACGGACUCUUUCCAAUUGAAGUAGCUAAGGGGCUUUCCCGACUGGGUCUACUGGAAGAUUUUCAUUUUUUCUGAUGAGAAAGUGCAUUGCGUUUGAUUUUAUAUUAUUAUAUCAAAGAACGUUGUAUUUACUUUUUCCCAUUAACUAUUUUCUCAAAAUGUAUCGCGUUUCAUUCAUAUUGGGUGUGUAUUCACUGAAAUGAAAUGUACAAAACAAAGUAUAAUCCGAGGGGCAUUUCACUCCAAAAAAGCGUACGCGAUUUUCGGAUUUUUAAAAAUCUGCGGAUUUUUUAGUGGAUUUUUCCCAGAUUUAUUAGCGGAUUUUUGAAGAGAAAAUCUGUUGGAUUUUCCGGAUUUGUUUGGAUUUUCCGGAUUUGUUUGAAUUUUUUCCAGAUUUUUUGAUGAAGUGUAAGGGAUUUUCGGAUUUUUAAAAAUCCGCGGAUUUUUUAGCGGAUUUUUCCCGGAUUUUUAGCGGAUUUUUGAAGAGAAAAUCUGUUGGAUUUUCCGGAUUUGUUCGGAUUUUUUCCGGAUUUUUUGACGAAGUGUACGGGAUUUUUGGAGUGAAAUGCCCCUCGGUAUAAUCGGUGUGCAUCCAUGUUCAUUCACCGGAAAUGAAAUAUACAAAACGAAGUGCCAUCGGGUGCAUUUUUCAGUGUUCAUUCACUGGAAAUGAAAUGUACAAAACCAAGCUACCGUUUUUGCAUCUAAGGAGAAACACAUUGGAAAAAACACUAUUUAUUCCUACACAAGGACUUUGAUCAGUCAAAAAAACUUUCCCAAUUUAUGUUUAACAGACAAAACUUUUUUUUUCUGGCUAACACCCUGAUUUGGCAAAACCUGAAAUUGGCCCGAUUGAUCAUUGUGUGUAUAAAACAUAGCUUUAGGCAAUGCCAUUCUGUGUUUAGGGGCUGGGUGACUAGGGGGUCAGGGGUCGUAUACUGGACAGCAGGGUCUUAGCUAGGAUUUUAGAUCUUGGGCGUGUUUCUAAAUGACCAGGGUGUGCCCAUGUAUAAUAGCCAAAUUCACGGUUCUAGUUAUGCUUGCCAGCAACAGACAAUGCCUGUGGUUGUUGUAUGAGUUGCAACCAAAUACAAGGCUAUACGCUCACACUGCGUACUGACAUUAAAAUAGUAUAAGUUAUUUUAUAAUUUUUAUAAUUAUUUAAUAGUAUAAGGUAUUUAAAGCCAUUUUAACACCAUUCCCAUUAUCCAUCAAAACAUCACGGAUGGCCAAAUUCAACAACAACAGUAGAUUUACAAUCUUUCUUACGACGUAAAUAGGAAGAAAUUCUGUCUGUUGUAAGUAGCAACACGUUAUUUUAUGAACCUACACGGCCUUAUAUAAAUAAUAAAGCCGCGUUCAUUUUAUCUAGCCGUGUUUUUCCAUUUUUGGCCGCGAUAACACGGCCAACACGGCCCUCUAGCUAAGACCCUGCUGGACAGCUAAGUUUGCUAACCGAAUGCCAAAGCCCUACUUAUAUUUUUUACUUGUCAUUAGACAAUUAGUGAUCGCCAGACGAUUUCACUUGUCCAUGGGGAAGUUCUGCAGCUUAAUGGGUUACCGGUAGCUAAAUAAAUUGACUAAAUAAAUUAACAUAAUAUCAUUAUGUACGAGUGAACAAGCCAUUCAACAAGGGUCAUUUAAGAUAUUCAAACACAUCUGAGUACCGGGUACUCAAUAAUGCCUAGUACCACGUAAUUUUGCUUUGCAUCAUGUGUGUUAACUUAAUUGCAUAUUGCAAAAAAGUUCAAAACAUUUAUUGACAAUAUUGAUACCAAAGAAAGAUUUAACAUAAACAUGGCUCAUCACAGGCUAAGUGGGUUUCACUGAUGUUUUUACCAUGUCUUAAGACCAAAAUGGUAACUAUAUCUAAUUAUAUUAUAUAGUACAAUAAUAAAGAAAUUACACUAGCUCAACUAAUCUGGGACUGAGAAUUUCUGGGACUUGAAGAUUAGCGAAAAGAGAUUUACACACCAUUUGAUGUUAUCUAUGAUCUGUAGAAGAGGGAGCAUGGGAAUGAGGUUAUUUAUCAUUUACCUGGGGCGAGGGGAUUCAGCGAAAUAUUACCCAAAGUGAUGAUUAUUUCCCAAGGGACUUUCCCCGAGCAGAGGGUUUAUAAAUGAUAUUUAAUAUCAAAAAUUAAAAGCCUCCAAGUUGAGAAUAUAAAACUUCCCACAUGCCUAACCUUUGUGAAUAUGAUGUUCUAUUUUUUAUUAACGCAAGUAUUUUUCACUUUUAUUUCGAAUCACAUGUUUGGAAUAUUGAUGAUAUAACAUUUUUCAAAAUUUGCUUCUUAAUUUAAAAAAAUAGCUUUCUUUCAAGUUUGAAAAAGUCCUUAGUACAGUAUAUUUUGUCGGCCACCUUGUUUGCAUGAUCACUGCGCGUGGUUUACACAAAUCAAAUCACCCGGGUGAUAUGAUGAAACCACCCCGUGUAAUAUGAUUGAAAUCACAUGCUACAGUAUGUCAAAAAUGAUGACGUAAGGCAUGAUUCCAUGAUAAGGCGUAAAAAAAAUACCUGUGGUUCCGGUUCCCGACCGAAUCCGACUAUUUUUUUCUGAUGACCCUAUUAUUUUUUCAACGCGAUUGACUGUGCAACCCUAUUUUCUCCAGGUGGUUGUGGGCUGCUCAUACAGCGUGUCAAAAUGGCGUCUGUUGUCACACUAAUUAUUGAACCAAAUUGCCUAACUUCGUCCAUAGCUAGGAAAUACGCAUCCCUAGUUAAUAUUGAUGUCGGGACACUACUGCAAAUCGCCCAGCAAAAAAACGCCAAAACCAUGAAAAAAUAUUUAAAAAAAAAAAAAAAUUCCGACCUACCGAUCCUAAUUUUUUCACGAUAUGAAACCGGAACCACAGGUAUUUUUUUACGCCUAAAUUUCAUGCUCACGUGGCAAACUUACCUUUCUGAUUGGACACUUACAGUAUGGAGCCGUAUAAUAUUAACGUUUAUUCAUUUUCAAGGUUGCCUAUCAAAAGAACCUUCAGUUAUCUUACGUCGAUAAACUUCUUACUGAAAUGCAACUUGCGUUCCGUGAUAAAUACAAAGAUGAUUUGGAAAAAGGCGAGAUGAGAAAUUUUGAGUUUGGCGAAAAUUUUAAUUUUAUACUAAAAGAACUGGAAAGCUCCGCCAAACUGGAGUCAAAAGCACCAAAGAAAAUGCGAACUUUUGAAGAGUCAAAGAAAUCUCAAAAAACAGUUGCAUCCAUGAAAAUUGAUCCAAAGAAAGAAGAGGCAAAAACUGAAAAAAAUAAAACAAAAACAGGUAAUAGUUGUACUCAGGGGCUGAAAUCUUAAAUAUUUUUUAGUCGCCCAAUUGAAGAGUAAUGCAAAUAUCGCAUAUUAAAAGUAAUGCAAAUAUUGCAUCCGAGUUUUUACAAAAGAGGUUCAAUAGACCUACUCACAUAAUACGUUAUACGUAUAAUACAUUCAGCUGUUAUAAAAGGAAACUGAUACUAACAGUAGGAUAUAAAGCGAUUGAUAAGAUAUUUCUACUAAGUAAACAUUUCUUCAUUUUACGUUAACUAAAAUGUAAUUCCUGCAUUUUUAUAGUCUGUCUAUACUUUAGUUAUUUUUUUGACAGGAACGUCAUCUGACAAGAGUAGUACUGCUGCCCCUACUCCCACAGCAGUUUCUACUAGCACUCCAACCCCUGUGAAUGACGACAGCACAGAUGAAAUGAUACACAAGAACCGUGAAAGAAUGAUGAAGAAAAUGGCUGGCAAAAGCCCUAAAGUCACUUCUGCAGGGUUUGUGAUUAUUGUUUUUCAUAUAAUAUUGUAUGCUUUACACUUGCUUCAAAUCAUUUAAGAUGAUUGAAGUUAAGUUUCGUUCUAUAAUUAACCUAAUCAAUUAAGAAAACCAAUGGACCUACCCAUAUUUUGGGUAACUCACAUUUCUGACAGUCACCUCUGUUCAGACACUUUAACAGGGUUCGUACAAAACUUGGUCACCUCUGUUCAGACACUUUAACAGGGUUCGUACAAAACUUGAAAGUCCUUGAAUGUCCUUGAAUUUGAAAACAAAAAUUCAAGGCCUUGAAUGUCCUUGAAUUUGUAAAGAAGUACUUGAAUGUCCUUGAAUUUUUUCUUGCUUUAGUUUUUGGAUAUUUUCGUAAAGAAGUACUUGAAUGUCCUUGAAUUCUUCUUGCUUUAGUUUUUGGAUAUUUUCUGAAAUUGUUUGACAUUCAAAACGAACAUUUUGUUGAACUGAUAUUGCGUGUUCAUAUCUGACCUCAUUAUAAAGUUACGUUUUGAACAAUUCAACGUCAGAUUUUGCUGAUUUCUAACGCCUUCCCUUCAGUAUUUAGUCCUUGAAUUUGCUGAUACAUGGCCUUGAAUGUCCUUGAAAAGUCCUUGAAUUUGACUCUUCCUGACAUGUACGAACCCUGCUUUAAGCACAGAAUGGGACAAAGGAAACCAAGAGUUUAAAUUACACGAGAAUUGCGCGGCAUUACGCCGAAGACGAAGGGCAUAAGCAUGACGUAUCACCCGGGCGAAUAUACAGUACUGUACUACUAUACCGGACAAGAUAUGAAAUGAUAACUAAGUGCGUAUUUGUCUUAGUUUUCAUUGGUUCAUUACAUCUUAUUGUAUCAUUUGUAACUUAAUUGCCCAACAAUUUCAUACGCCAGAAUGACAAUCGCGUAUACGACUAUAGUCGUAUCGUGUAAAUGGGCCUUAAAGGUCCUGCAACCCUGGUCAAAACCAUCAGCGACACUAUAUUAAAACAUUCGUAUUAAAAUAUUCCCCACGAAACAAUGUUGGACAUAUUACAAUUGCUUUAACCGUUUUCUGGGAAUGCAAUCAGCAUUGAAUGGUGGGGGUAAGUGGGAGGGUUUUCUAAAUUUGCGAUAAUUUUAUGAAAGUUGUUCAAAUAAUUGGAAGUAUCGCAGAUGUGUUGUCCAGGAUUGUAUAGGUCUAGGCUGGGAGCAUUCGUCAAAACCGAACUGCAUGUAUCCCAGCGUACAUUGUUCAUUUUAUCUAACUAUCCGGCAUCAGCUGAGCUAUCUGGAGAAUAUCAGGCACAAAUUGUUCCCAGAACCAUGCAAAUGUUUAGCGUUUAGCAGUGAUUGUUGAGCCGACGUAAAAUUGUUGAGCUGACGUCCAUGUUAUUUUCGCGCAUACGUGAUGGAAGAGCGAUGAUUUAAUAAAGUAUAAUAAUAUACUCCGGCUAUUAACUUAUCGACGCUAUGCAAAUACAUGUACUAAAGGCUAGUUUCCACUCAGGAAAAUUAUCCGUGGAUUGGAACGGACAAGAAAGUUUUUCUUUGUCUUGCGAGCUCUGAGUUGGAACUAAUGACUUUAACACAAAGAAAUAUUUUCUUGUCCAUUCCAAUCCACGGAUAAUUUUCCUGAGUGGAAACUAGCUUUUACUGGAAAUCGCUUGCUGGAUCGGACUGGAUCGGAAAAACCUCCGGUCCGAUCCGCUGCUUAUUUUCCGGAGUGGAAAUUAGCCUUAACUGUAUUGUGUUUUCCAGGAAAGGGUCACCAUCUGCAAAGAAAGAACGUAAGAAAGAAGCACGUGUUUGGCAGAAUGGCGGCACAAACAAAGAAGCAGGUACUCUGGAUUACAGUGGUACAAAUGGUGAAGAUGCGUCUAGCAUGAGGAACGAUGAAACAGAAGAAGUACAGAAUAUGGUACAGUAUACCAAGACUUCGAAUAAAGCGGGGUGCGGUGUGGUAAACUAAGAACUAAAUGUGAAGAAGUGUUUCUAAAAACGCGGGUCUAGUUAAAAUCGAAUGUGCAUGCAGCAUCAACAAAAACGUUCUAAAAAUCAAUUAAUCAAACUCCCUAUUGAGUAUUGGUCCACGCGGAAGAAGUGCAAACACAAAAAAUAUUAAAAGUGCAAUCUUGGUUAACUUUGUGUCCAAUAUAUCAUUAUAGUGACAAUAUAGCAUUAUUAUUAGGUCAAAUCAUUUCUACCAACACAAGUUCUGUAUAUUAUUAUACAGUGCAUUAAUUAAUUUUUAAAUAUUUAUUAAUUUUUAACGUUGCGCCGUUAUAUAUGGCAUUCCUUACACAGAUUUCUUAUUCUUUUAAAUUAACCACCUUAUAUACAUGAAAUUAUAUGCGUACAUGUAUAUCAAUAGUCAACAUCAGCAUUAUUUCCAAACAGAGGUCAUUUGUUGGCACAAUGGGAGGUGAACUUAAACCGAUGGAUUAUGAGACUGAUUCCGAUGAAGAGAUUGAUGUUCAUGAGAAUGGAUUGGAAAAUGACACCAAAUCUUCAAGGUACAAUAUGUUUCAACACAGGUAACAGUGGUGGAGAUGUUGAUGAAAUAUGACACUUCCAAAUCCUGUUUACAUGUGUUGUAUACAAUAUUUUUCAGGUAGUUGUAUCUCCGGCUCUCGAUUCGCAGCAACCUUUGAAAAGCACUAAUCGCGUUCUUUCUCGUUUUACCAAAACUGAGACUUUUAUUUUUUUAAUAUUGAUAACAAAUUUGAUAACAAUCAGGGAAGUUUGAGUUACAGCUCAGUUGUCUCCGAAAAGGGUUGCCGAGCUUUUUUAUCAGUCUAACAGGAAGUUUUGUUGAAGCAGUUGUCGAGCUGUUUCAUUAUAGUAUUACACGAUCGGGAAAGACUCCAUUAAUAAAAAGAUUCUAAUAAAAAGCAAGAUUGUAAUAAAAAGCGCGACUGCCUUCUCCAGAAGAGAAUGUUUCCAACUGCAUCAUUGCAUGAUAAUUUUAGGAAACAAAUAAAGUGAUAGUUAUGUACAGUUUUCAUGCACUACUCAAAACCUGAAUGCAGACAAUGCUUCUGUUCCAUUCGGACUGAUGUUUUAUUUGACGUUUAUAGGUGUUAUAUGAAGUAGAAACUGAAAGUCGUUUGUAUGUUUGUAGUGAUAAAACGAGCAAGGAUUCUGGUGGCGUGUUUGCUUGGUUCAAAGGACUUGCGAGCCAGAAAACCUUGACAAGAGAAUCUGUGGAACCAGUUCUUGAGAAAAUGAGAGAACAUUUGAUCGGUUGGUAUAAGUUGUUACUGGUGCAUGACAUACAAAACAGGGGCGAUAUACAUGUAUAUUCGCUCGCAAUAAUUUCGAUUCGACAAUGUGUACAUUCUAGUAUUUGGUUGAAGUGAUAUCUCCAAUCGCUGAAUUAUCGAAACUAUCGUUAAUUAUUGUACAUAUAAAGGUGUCAUUCAAUACAAAAAUAUAAAUUCACUUUUUGUUCAACCUGUACCAGCCUCUAAAAUUCUCUCUCUUGCCUUCAUGUUUAAUGAUAGCGAUGCCUUAUUAAUAUUGCUGAUGUAUGCAUGCAUUGUUUCCUGAACCAAAAAGUAUUGUACGUAUAUAUACUGCUCCUAGCAUUUAUUGAGUUCUGUCCAUGGUCACUUAUGUUUUAUUUCAGCCAAAAACGUUGCUUCGGAUAUCGCUGAGAAGCUGUGCAACAGUGUGGCCACAAAACUAGAAGGCAAAGUUCUGGGGACAUUUGCGAGUAAGUGCCACAGUACAGGGUUUUUAUACAUUUCGUUUUCACUGGCCCACUCACUGAUCUACUAUUAGAUUAGUGGCUCACUAAGCUGCUGAUAUCUGAUAUCAACACUUUGCAUGUAAUUGUCGAAUUUGUAGUACUCGAAGUAAGUUAUCUACUGUAAAGAUACCAUGCCAGACCUUCGUUAUACCUCUCAAGUGCUGGUACAGCCUGCAUUCCCGCAACGUUAUCACUCCCGUGGGAAAUGCAGUGAUAACGUUGCGGGCAUGCGUCUACACCGCAUGCUAGUACAGGUAAACCUUGGAUCAGUCCUUCGUGUAAGUACGGCUGAAGAGAACUAAAAGCAUGAAGUAUCGUGGUUUCGAACGAGAAGACGUUCGCUUGUUUCCGGAAUUUGCCCUCAUGUCUGUUUUCUGUAUUUAAUAUUUGAACAAUAUAUUGUUGAAACAGAAGCCUGUAUUCUUUGUCCGCUAGCUAGCAUUGUACAACUUGCAAAUCAAGUGCCGCCUGCCGAGUUAAGGGUCUAGGCUGCAUUAAACCGUCGUGUUUUUUUUCCUAGGUGUAUCGUCGACUGUCAAGUCAGGAUUGGAAGAAUCACUUGUGCAGAUUUUAUCUCCACAACGUCGUGUGGACAUUCUACGUGACGCAAUAGCAGCCCAACGUCGGGGUCGACCAUAUUCCGUCACGUUCUGUGGAGUAAACGGUGUUGGAAAGUCUACUAAUCUCGCAAAGGUGAGCGCUUGUUUGUUUUAUAAAAUCGACGAUUUCACUGUGGUUAGAAUUGUAUAAAGGCUUGACAUGCUUGGUACUUGCGUGAUACGUCCACACUAAUCCGCUUCCUAUUGUUUCGGGGUAAGUAGACCAUUGUUCUCUAUCCCCUUGCGAAUUGAGAACGAUAUGAUAAUACAGGGUGUAUCAAAAAAAGCGCAACCUCGGAAUUUCCCAAGAAAUCGACAUUGUUUUAAAGACAAAAGAUUUUAGGCGCCUGGGAAUUUAAAAUAGCAUAACUGUCAAAAUUACUGCACACGCGAGUGCAUAAAACAAAAUUUAUGCAUUUAUUUAAUGCACAACAACAGUAAUAUGAUCUAUUAGCAAUUCGAUUUCAAUUCCCAGGGGCCUAAAAUCUUUUAUGCUUAAGAAUUGCAAAGUGAUUUCUUAGGAAAUUCCGAGGUUGCGCUUUUAUUGAUACACCCUGUAUAUAAAACUUCUGAAUUCUUUAUGCUGCAGCUUCGCUGGCCCCACAGUGGCCAGUUCUAGAGGAAUUAAACUUUCUCGACUUUCUAAAUAAUGGCUAAGUAAUGUACUGUGCGUUACACCACUAACUGUGGUUACACCAUGUGAUUUACUGUAUACUGUAUACUGCAUUGCAAAACAGAGCCAUGUUAUUUACAUGAUUGUAUACUUAGAGAAACGGUGAGCAUGGUAUGCAUUUCACUUCGCUGAUAUUUUUAACACUCAUUAAUUUUAUCAACCUCGUUCCCAGGCUCUUCCCUAAUUUUAUUUCUUUGUUGUCUUUGGGUGUGUUAAAACAUGUCGGCUUAUUGUGUAAACUGGCAUUACAGGUGCAGCAUUACAGGGUCAACGGUUUCGUCUAGAACUUAGUAAUUCUUCGUCAGCCACACUUAGUUAUACGUGAUCUAAGACUCUGAAUAUUCAAUUCCGAUAUCCAUAUACACCCUGUAUUAUGUGAUUGUCAGGAUGAAAUACUUCGUUAGUUUAUAAUUAAUUAAACACCAUUUUCUCUAGAUUUGUUUCUGGUUGUUGGAGAAUAAACUUCGCGUGAUGAUAGCGGCAUGUGAUACAUUCCGUGCUGGUGCAGUAGAACAACUGCGUACUCAUGUCCGGAAACUGAACUCACUUCAUCCACCCCAACAAGCCAACGGAUUACCAUCAGUCAUGCUUUAUGAACGUGGUUAUGGAAAAGAUGCUGCAUCCAUCGCAAUGGACGCUGUCAAUUUUGGUGAGUAUACUGUAUAUAGCUCGUGCCCAGGGUAAGGCCGAGACACACCGGGCGCGAUUCGACAACGCGGCGCGAUUUUUCUGUUUUUUAAAGUUAAUAAAACAGAUAAUGAAAGGAAAUUUUAAAAGACAUGUAGACCAAAUAACUCAAAAUGUUAUAGCAAUUCAAAAUAUUUGGAAACCUUAAACCAGGAUCAAAGUUAUCGGUCAGUGAAAGUCGAAAAAUCGCGCCACGUUGUCGAAUCACGUCCGGUGUGUCUCGGUCUUAAAAAGUAUACCCUCGCUAUUUGUGAGGACGUGAUUGCUACGACUUUGGGUAUUGUGUGUAAUGGGUGAUAAAGGCGAUAUUGUAACAUUCUAUAUACACGUUUGUAAUGUACUUGCACUGUAAGAGAGUGCACAAUGAUAAUUACAUAUAGUGUAGGAACCACGAUAACUGUCAGAAAGCAUAGUAUAGUAUGUAAUGAAAGCAUUACUGUAUAAUCCAUUUGUCAUCCACCUUCCCUGCAUACAGUAAUUGUUACCAAACCAUGUGCCGACCAAUACAGUAUAAACCAAGAUAUCUUCUUAUAAUGAAAGUACUGACGAUGUUUCAAAACAACAACUAAUCGAUAGAUUGAACAACUCAAAUGCACAACAUCUUCAUUUUAUUAUUUCCCUUAUUCCUGAAACAAUAGACUGCAGUUGCAUUGAACUCAUUAUUCUAAACAAUAUCCUUAAUUUUCUUGCAGCUCGUGAGCAACGUUUUGACGUCGUAUUAAUUGACACAGCUGGCCGUAUGCAGGACAACGAGCCACUCAUGCGAUCAUUAUCCAAGGUACAGUACUAGUGUACAUAUUUUGAGGAUGUGGUUCUAUGAUCCCGUUUUGAUUGAAAGCAGGAUAAUUUGGAAGUGUUGAAGCCAAAAUAAAUGCUCCAUCCGUACCCACGAUUUUGUCUCGUUCAUGAUGUGUCCACAUCCUACCAUGUUUAUUUUUCUUUCCAGCUUAUCCGAAUAAAUGAUCCAGAUUUGAUCUUGUUCGUUGGAGAAGCUUUGGUCGGAAAUGAAGCUGUAGAUCAGCUCAGUAAAUUUAACCAAGCUUUAGCGGACUUUUCUUCUCAAGAAAAUCCACGAUUGAUUGAUGGCAUCUUGCUUACGAAGUUUGAUACUAUCGAUGACAAGGUAUGGUGGAUUUUGGUUAAUUUGUAUAAAUUUUAAAGUAUCAACAACCGUUAUUUGUAAUGAAAUAAUACAAAACAUUACAACUGGCGGGAGUUUGAUACAGGACACAUGUCCCAAUUGCUCGUUGGAGAAGCUCGCCAAGAUAAUUUAUUUCAUAGUUUUAUUAUUUUUCAUUCUUAUAGUCAACCAAUCACAAACCAUACAAGGUUUGAUCCUUCACUACAACCUCUUUGUUCACUUUGUUGUUUUAGGUUGGUGCCGCUAUAUCUAUGACAUACACAACAGGACAGCCAAUUGUAUUUGUUGGAACUGGCCAAACCUAUACUGAUCUAAGAAAUUUGAAUGCGAAAGCUGUUGUACACGCAUUACUAAAGGCUUGAUAAAUACACUACAUUACCUACAAUAUUUACCAUCAUAUUAUUUGAUGUUUAGUUAUCUUUAACUGUCAACCAAGAUGGGAAAUAUAACCGUUAAUGCAUUCUAAUAUUACCAAAACUAAGAUAUAAUUGAACUCAAAAUGACCUGGAACACAACCUCGAAAAAGAUAUUCGAAGCCAAUUAAGAAUUAUCAUCUUCAGUCCUCCCACGGCAAUUGAAGCUCUGUAAACUUUAUCUUAAAAUGACUAAUAAUGAAUUUUAUGAAACAUCAUUCGAUCGUUACCACAAUGCACGACUAUCACGAAACAAUCUUCCGUUAAUAAGAGGCUAAUUGCAUUGGAUACUUUUAAGCCCGGUUGUUUAUAUGUAUGGAAAUGUGGAAAGAUAAUUUGUUUCUUGUCAAAACAUUAAGAAACCACCGGAGCUGAAAAAUCCUCAUGUAUAAUCAGCCUUCAAAAGUACAAAUUUUGGCUUCGAAUAAUCAUACUCCACGAACGUUCCAGUCUUUAACCGUGCAGUAGUAGAAACAAUUGUUCAAGUAGAUAUCUCAAUUUCUGUAUUCAAAAAUACUCUUUGGCUGUUUUGUUCUGUUUAUGUAAAGCUACACGUAUAUUUAUCAGAAUAAAUAUUGAAAAUGGACAUCGGUGUCAAUUUCCUGUAUCUCUGCAGUCCGUAAAGAUUUUAAUAUUUAAAAAUAGUGUGAAGCCCCUUUACAAUCAUUGUUGGUCCAUCAAUGUUGGAUGAAAAUUUUGAAUGAAGUCGAACCUGAUCCAACAUCAAACUCAUUAAAUUCCCAUCAUUCAAGGAUUUAUUGCAAGAUUUAACAACAUGGUUCACAAUGACAUCGUCAUGACCCUGGUCUGUCUCUUCACUAGCGCAAAAAGGAUAUGGAAUCAGGCGGCCGUAUUCGCUGGCUAACGUGGAGCAGCUACUCUGUGAGGAUUAUUCCCAGCCUUGUGUAGAAUCCUGGCAGUGCCCGGGAGCUAGGAUGUAUAUAAGUACAUUCCAUAUUGUAUAACCAUCCCCACCUCACAUGUUCUGAUCAAAAAAGUGCAGUAUGUUCUGGUGAAUAAUAAUCACCCACUUCAAUCCUUCUCUUUUCUUUAUCAUUUUCAAUAACUUCAAGAACUAUCUUUGGUGAUACUACAGUUCGAUCUUCGUUAUGAUCGUAUUUGACAGUCACAUGCAAUGCAUCCCCACUGCAUAUCAUGUCCUGUUCAUGUGCUGCCGCUAUCUGAUUCACUAUUUUUCUUUCAACCU